ACGACCUUUGGGAAUCAUCGAGUUCUCAGCGUGUUUCGUCUAGGAUGUUGCUGCAACACGGUUGUGCGUUUGUCCUGUUAUUAUGUGCGUGUCCUUUGGACGGGGUCCGCGUCAGAAGGAAGUUGGCGGAUCCGAUUAACGCCUUCGUCGACGUGUCCAAGUCGAAGCACCACGCCAAACCGCACAUGGACGUCUGCGACGAAGGCUCACUGUGUGUCCUUCCCAUCCAAUGUCCGGCACAUUUCUACGCGGAUUCCAUGAAGAAUUGCUUGGCUCUCGGCGGUGGAAGAGGAAUGUGCUGCUCGACGGGGCAGAAUCACACGGAGCGUCUGGUUCAUAGGAAAGGUCGUCUCGGUGGGAAAUACAUCGAUCAUAUAGAUCCGCGUUUAAUGGGCGCCGUCGUCAAGCAGGGACGCGUGGACAUGGCCGAGUUGCACAUGAAGGAGGCCCGAUUGAUGUCGUCGGGAAGAGCUGCAUUCAUUCCGGUCGGUUCGGCCAGUUACGGCCACUUCAGGAACACGCGCGUCUUCAGCAUGUCCGAUCUGUCGGAGGUGAUGAACGUCGCCAAUAGGGCUCUGGAGAUUGCGCUAGCGACGAGGGCGUUCAAAGACAAACAGGGCUUAACGAACCAGCAACUGGAAUGGGGCAUGGUCAGGGAGGAUCUCAGACCUACGCCCUUGGGGUCUGCGUGCAGUCCUCAAUUGAGGUGUCCUCCUGUUAUGGAGAGGUACAGACGCAUCGACGGAUCCUGCAACAACAUCUUCAAUCCGUCCUGGGGAACCCCACUGUCUCCAUACGCAAGACUUCUUCCACCUAGUUAUCACGAUG